CAGAUUUCCUUCAAGCAUUUUCUGUAAUGGCACCCAAAGCAGAGAAAAAACCAGCAGAGAAGAAACCCGCUGAAGAGAAGAAAGCAGAGAAAGCACCAGCAGAGAAGAAACCCAGAGCCAAGAAGAAGUUACCAAGCAAGGAUGCUUCAACAGCAGAUAAGAAGAAGAAAAAAUCAAAGAAAUCUGUUGAGACUUACAAGAUCUACAUCUUCAAAGUUCUGAAACAAGUUCAUCCUGAUAUUGGUAUUUCUAGCAAAGCUAUGGGAAUCAUGAACAGUUUCAUUAAUGAUAUCUUUGAGAAACUUGCUGCUGAAUCAUCCAGAUUAGCAAGGUAUAACAAGAAACCAACUAUUACUUCUCGAGAGAUUCAAAUUGCUGUUCGUCUUGUUCUUCCUGGUGAAUUAGCUAAACAUGCUGUUUCUGAGGGUACUAAAGCUGUUACUAAGUUUACUAGUUCUUAA